AUGGCUAAGCGCGAAUUGUCAAGCACAUUGAAGAACUUGAAGCAUCUGAAGCUGUUGGACAGCUUUUUGGUCAACUCGAUAAGUUACAUGGAUGCUAUGUGGUUGGAAGCACUGGAAAAUGCCUUCGGUUACAAUCCUGGCAUCAAAUGCGACUGUAAUUUCCCCAAUUCUCACCCUUCAAAUCAUCAGAAAGGUUAUUGGAAUGGAUGUUGUGGGUCCAAUCCCAGAAGGACUCUGGACUUUGACUUACCUUACAAAUCUUCAGUUGGCCCAAAAUUAUUUGACAGGAGUUUUGGUAUCAAUGCGUUAUCAGGGCAGGUUCCACGAGAGCUAGGACAACUUACUGAUCUUAUAUCACUGAGUUUGAGCACAAACAGUUUCACUGGUUCCCUGCCAUAUGAAGUUGGAAAUUUGAGAAGAUUACAAGAGCUUGAUCCAACUAAUUACAAGGAGAGAUGUGUGAAAAGAAUAGUAGCAAUGGAAGGUGAUUAUAUCAGCAAUGUUGGUGGUGUUGUGAAGGUUCCGAAAGGACAUUGUUGGGUAGAAGAUUCCAUUGGGUUUGAUUCAUGGAAGGGUUACUCACAUUGUUUGACAUUUUUAAUGCACAGGGAAGUGAUGCAGGAAUAUGUUGGUGCAAUGCAAGAUGAACAUGUUAGUGGGCUUCAACUAAAGGGUAACAAAGUUUUAACUAAUUAG